AUGUGCAAUACGACCCCCAAGACCUUUGAGCACCAACCAAGGGCGAACGAACGACGACAGGCGACGCCGGUCGGCAGGCCAUCAGAUGCCCCCACCGACGCCCCAGUCAUGGGGAACCGGGCGCAAGGCACCCGCGACCCCGACAAGACCUCAACACCGGCGAACGUCAGCGGGUCUGCCCCAAAAGGACCCGCUCGACAAGUAACCACCCCCCCAUUGACGGCAACGGUGGAGGAGAUCGAAGACGACGAGUCGCCUAAGAUCAAGACCCACCAACGACUACCCACGCCGCCAACCCAGAGUCAGAGCGAGUCGACACCGAGCGAACCGAAGCGGAGGAAGAGCCGGUCGCCGCCCCGGAAGAAACCCGGAUCGAAGAAGAGCAACAGACCAGCACGAUCACGGUCGCCAUCACGCCAGCGAGCGAAGGAGAACGCAGCGAAGUUGAGAAUGGAACCGGCACGGGUCUUCAACGUGGAGACACCGUAUCGACUGGUUGGCCAUUGGGACAGGUCAGAGGACGUUCCCACCCCACUCAACGUCGAUGUAACGGCGGGCAGCGACCCAAAAGUACACCGCGCGAUCCUGGACUCGGGCGCUGAUGUCUGCCUGGUUGGAGAGGAAUAUCUUCGAAACGACGUGAAGGGUUACUUCAUCGAGGACGCAGCAAUCAUAUCCCUCAAGACAGCCAACGGAAUGGUCGACUCGCUGGGAUCGGUAGACAUCCCAAUCUCGUUCGGUGCGCCGGACGCGCGGCGCCCACGGGACUCUUACAAGAUUCGCUUCCACGUCGUAUCCGACUUGCCCAAGGGACUCCUCAUCGGCAUGAAUGCGAUAAUCGCCAUGAGGAUGUCGUUGUUCCCACACCUGGGGAAGAUCGAGAUCGACGGCCGCAGUUACAAGGCCCGUUCGACGAGGCCACGCUGCCCGGACCCUAUGAACGGCGACCAUUCCAGGGAGGUCAGACUCAGGGAGACCUUCACGCUGCGAAAGGUCGGCCCCAUCAACGUCCCGGCAAUGAUGGACCCGGUCCGCACAAACCUCGACAUGAUCAUAGACCCGGUCGACAUCGGCAAUGGGAGCAAGCUGGUACGAGGGCCACGCGCGGUGGUCCAGGGCGGAAAAGACAGUUUCCAGUACCAACUGUUCAACGCGACCAACAGGCCGAUACGACUACCGAGGGGGACGCUUUUGGGCAUCGCCAGGCCGGUGAAGCCAGAGCAGAUCACUCCGAUGGACCGAGUCGACGAGAUCAUCAACAAACUCGAAGCGGAGGAGAAGGCGAUUGAACAACAGCUACCCCUGUGCGCCGUCGCGGAGUACCUCGGAGGCGGGAUGCCGGAAGAACUCUGCGAAGAGGACAACAAGGAGUACAUGAAGCUGCUGGAAGACAUCACCAUCAACCCCGAUCUGACGACGGAGCAACGACAGCAAGUCGAGCACCUACUUAAGAUCAAAAUGAAAGCAUUCGCCAGCGCCAGGAACCCGAUGGGAAAGACAGACCUGGUCGAGUUCGACAUCGACACCGGCGAUGCCAAACCAGUCCACAUGCCGCCGUAUCGCGCCAGCCCAGCUCGACGAAAGAUCAUCAAAGAGCAAAUCGAAAUGCUCCGCGAAGCAAAGAUCAUCCAACCCUCCAAUUCCGAGUGGAGCGCGCCGGUAAUUGUGGUGGAACAGCACGGCAAGCACAGGAUGUGCAUCGAUCUACGAGCACUCAAUCGAGUCACGAUUGGAGACUCCUACCCGGUGCCACGUGUCCUGGACAUUCUCGAGUCCCUGGAAGGAGCCCAAUGGUUCUCAAGCUUCGACCUGAACAAGGGCUACUUCCAGAUCCCGAACACCAAGAGAGCCCGAAGAAGAUUGGCGUUCCGCACGCAAGACGGCCUGUGGGAACCAUUGAGGAUGCCCUUCGGAGCGAAAGGAGCACCUGCCACCUUCCAACGGUUGAUGGACCUACUACUGGCGGAGGGACGCUGGUUGUGGGCCAUGGCAUACAUCGACGACAUCAUCGUCUACUCGAAGUCGUUCGACGAGCACCUGAAGCAUGUCAGCUGGACGCUCCAGCGCAUGAUUGACGGUGGCCUAACCCUCGGAGCCAACAAGUCGCAUAUGUUCAUGAAGACCGUGGAGCUACUAGGACACAAGGUGUCUAAUAUCGGUAUCAUGAUGGGCGACAAGGCUGUCGAGGCGAUCAAGUCGCAGAAGAGACCAACGACAGUGAAGGAACUUUCAAGGUUCCUGGGCCUGGUCAGCCACUGGAGACGCUUCGUGAAGAACUUUGCUCGAGUAUCAGCACCGCUCCGCGACGUCAAGAGGGCUGCGGCGAACCUGAAGCAGACCGACCUCGACUGGACCCCCGAGGCCGAAGCCGCAUUCACGCACCUCAUCGACGCGUUGACAAGUGACGUCUUGUUGGCACACCCCGACUACUCCAAGCCCUUCAUCAUCGAAUGCGAUGCAUCGCAAGACGGCUUUGGAGCGGUACUCUCGCAGCGAGACGAGAACGGCUAUGUGAGACCCAUAGCGUUCAUCUCGCGCCAGACAAUCGCGGGCGAGAAGAACAUGAGCGCCACGGACCUCGAGUGCUCAGGAGUCAUGUGGGCGCUCGACAAGCUUCGACCCUACGUAGAAGGAUCGGACAUCGAGCUCCGCUGCGACCACGAAGCGCUCAAAGGUUUGGCGGACUACAAAGGGCAGAACAGGCGUAUGAUCCGCGCCAGCGCACACCUUAUGUCCUAUCUGUCAGACAUCAAGUUCAUCUAUCGUCCGGGAGAGAAGAUGGCACACGUCGACCAGCUUAGCCGCAAUCCCCAACCCCUGACCCCCGAGCAGAUCCGCAACCUGCAGGAAGCCUGCGAGGUGUAUCUGGCUGGUCGGUUGGAGGAACAAAAGGCGGAAGAAGAUCACGACGAUCCGAACGACGUGGCCGAAAGCCUGAUGUGCUGGACGAUUGAACCAGACACGACAUUCAAAGACAAGAUCAUGGCCGUGUCGGAGUUGGAUGAGACGUACACCGAGCUGGUCGACGAGAUCCUCAUCCGCUACGACAUUCCCGACAGUAAGCCAUACGAUCGCACGGUGUGGCGACAGGUGAUGCACCACCCACGCAAGCCGUUCAUGAUCAACGACGGCCUGCUCUAUACAUCGAGCCAGGCCCGCAACACGCACACGAUCGUGGUACCAACGGACGAGACGCUGCGCACCGACAUCUUGAAGUUGUACCACGACACGACGCUCGCUGGACAUCGAGGUGCCGACAAGACCUAUGCGGCGCUCGUCGAUCACUACUACUGGAAGGGCGUGCUGCGCGACGUCAAGCAGUACGUACGCACAUGCGAGAAGUGCCAGCGAUCCAAGCCCGACAACGCAUUGCCACCAGGACUGUUGAAGUCCCUGCCACUGACGAAGCGCCGGUGGAACAUGAUACAGGUGGACUGGGUUGUCGGCCUGCCGGAAUCAGGACCCCAGAAGUUCACAGCGGUCAUGGUCGUCAUCGACCGCAUGUCGAAGAGGAUCGUCCUUACGCCGACGCACGAUACCCUCAACGCGUCGUCCAUCGUGCAGCUCAUGUUCGACAACGUGUUCAAGUACUUCGGACUGCCAAGCUGCAUCAUAUCCGACCGCGAUUCUCGGCUGACUUCGGACCUUUGGCGCAGCCUGAUGAAGUAUCUCGGCGUGCAACACAGAUAUGCAACCGCGUCACAUCAGCAGACCGACGGCGCAACCGAACGAGUCAUCCGCUGGUUGAAGGAAGCCCUGCGCUCCUACGUCAACAAAGAAGCCUCAAACUGGUCAUCCUUCGUCUCCAGACUGGAAGUUGCACACAACGCGAGCGUGCAGGCGUCAACGGGUAUGACGCCGUUCGAGCUUGACUUGGGACGUAUCCCCUUCUUCCUACAUGGACCAUCCAAGCCCGAUCUCGCAGGCGAUCCCGACGCCACGAGGCUGAGACAGAAGAUGGAGCUCGACGCAAUCAUAGCGCUGGACCUGCUCGACAAGGCCCAACGCGCACAGAAGUCGCAGUACGACGCACGCCAUCGAGAGGUAACCUACAAGGUCGGCGACCUCGUCCUGAUCCAAUCCGACGUCUAUUCGCCGCAAGAAGGCGUGCGCAGACGUAAGCGCGGCGCAGAGCAGCGAGGUCGCAAACUCGGACCGACAUUUUGGGGACCGUUCAAGAUCACCGACAUACCUCACGACAACGUGGCGCAGCUGGAGCUGGCUCCAGGCAUGCGCGCGCACAACAAGAUCAGUUUCGCCUAUCUCAGGAAAUACCAUCCCAGGGCCCCCGACCCAACCGCUGUGCGAACUUUCGACUGUGUGGUUGACGCCAAGACAGUGCACAACGGCGAGGUCCGGUGGCGGGUUAGAUUCAAGCCAAUGAUGUGGCAAGGACAGGAGAUAACACCAGCCGACGAAUGGGUUGACGAGACGACACUGAAGUUCUUCGGCGGAGGAGCCAUAGCCGAGGAACAUCGAGAAGAGUGCGAACGUCGCUCAGGCGCCUACCUGGCUUACAAGCUGUAUACAUUCAACACCCUCGACGAUAGCUCUGCAACCUACCUCCAGGAAUCUCGAUCCGCUCUGCUUUCGACGCUGCGGGACGCAGCUCAUCAACGGCGGGGGAGUGUAGACGAUCACUCCCGAGACCCUGAGGUCACGUGA